AUGGACACCAAAGACAAGACCUCGUUCGAGGCUCCUGAACAUAUAGACCAUCCCAGCUCAUCCCAACAUUCUGUUGACAAGGAUGCUAUCAACCACUGGACUCCAGAUGAACGCGCCAGGGCCGAGAAAAAGUUGGUGCGCAAGUUGGACUCGAGGCUCAUGCCGACAAUGAUACUCAUCUUCAUUAUGAACUAUAUCGAUCGAACGGCAGUUACUGCAGCUCGUCUACGUGGGCUCGAAGCGGAUUUGGGGCUCUUGGAUGUCCAGUACCAAACGGUGCUAGCCAUUCUCUAUGUCUCGUAUUGUACGCUCCAAGUUCCUUCGAACAUGAUACUCAACAAAGUAUCUCGACCGUCUUGGUACAUUGGCGGCUGCGUGAUUGCCUGGGGACUAGUUAGUGCGCUAACAGGGGUCACGCAUAAUUUCGCCGGUAUUGUCGUUUGCCGUGUGUUUAUUGGUGUUCCUGAAGCGGCGUUUUAUCCUGGGGCAACUUAUAUUUUAUCACGCUGGUAUACGCGAAAGGAAUUAGCUUUCAGGGCUGCACUGUUGUAUUUCGGACUUUUAGUUUCGAAUGCUUUUGGUAGUCUUAUGGCCGCCGGUAUACUUAGUGGUAUGCAAGGGAAAAGAGGGAUUGCCGCUUGGAGAUGGUUGUUCUUUAUCGAGGGAGCAAUAACUAUUGUCAUCGGAAUCCUAGCCAUCUGGCUAUUGCCCGACUACCCACAUAAUACGCGUUGGAUUAAAGGAUCCCAACGGCGUUUGGCGCAAGCCCGGCUUUCGGAGGAUGCAGCCGAGGCAGACGAAGACGGUGCAAAUGAUUCACUAUAUGAUAGUGCCUUUGCUGGUUUGAUCAUGGCACUCAAAGAUCCCAAAGUGCCGAUUCUAGCCGUGAUGACUUGCUCCCAGUUGUUAGGCCUCAGUUUUGUCAACUUUUUCCCGACAUUGACCGCUACGCUUGGAUAUAAUACUACCAUAUCGCUUCUACUUGCUGCUCCGCCCUGGAUCCUUGCUUCUAUCAUUUGUCUCCUUAACGCUUGGCAUGCCGACAAGACGGGCGAACGGUUCUUCCAUAUUGCCGGAUGGUGGUGGGUCGUCAUUGUCGCAUAUAUAAUCGCUUUGAGCACCAUGGCCACCGCGGGGCGGUAUGUGAGUAUGUUCUUGAUGGCGAGUGGAUAUGCUGGAUUCGCUCUGACACUUGUGUGGGUGAGCAAUGCCAUCCCUCGUCCUCCUGCAAAACGAGCUGCAGCAAUCGGAAUCGUCAAUGGCUUCGGCAAUAUUGGAAACCUCAUUGGAUCGUUUGCUUGGAAGGCCCAGUGGAGUCCUAAAUAUCAUCAGUCGAUGAUUAUUGGCAUCGCGACGCUUGCAUUCAGCAGCGCUUUGGCAUUUGUCAUCCGAACGAUGCUAAUUCGUGCGAACCGUAAGAUGGACCAGCAAGAUAUGGAUGCACUUCAGAAUCAAGGGGAUGCUGAACGUGUACGUGAAGCUGCAAGAUUGGAGGGGAUCACGGUCGAAGAGGCUAUCAGGAGGCGGAGAGGGUUCAGGUAUUUGUAUUAA